AUGACAGUAUAUAAACCCAGUGAAAGGGGGCUGACAGUAGACAAUUUCUGCUCUGCCUUGAAACAGAAGCCAGCGAUGAAGCUCCACACCGCAGCAAUCCUGCUCCUCUUCUGGCUUGGUGUCUUCACUGCGCACACAGUCAAAGGGAGCGUUAGCAGUCAGCCCAUGCGCAAAUUCAGUUGUGUAAAACUGUCUACAAAGCAGUGGAACAUCCGAAAUUUUGUGAACUAUGAAAAGAAACAAGUACCAAUAGAUGCCAUCAUGUUCAUCACUGCAGGAGGUAUCAGGAUCUGUGUAAGUCCUAAUCAGAAAUGGGUUCAGGCUGCUAUAAAGAGAAUAGAUGAAAGCCGUGCUGCCAAACGCAAAUAA